GCGGCAUCUACUAGCCUAGACAUCCUGUUAGAAAAUAUCCUGAGGAAAAUGAACUUAAAAUACUGGUGCAUCACUGUCCUUGUUCUUCAGCUAGCGAUGGGAAAGAUGCAAACUGAGGAAUUGUAUGAUAGAUCUAGCGAGAAGAAUAUAAUGGAAGGACUGGAAAUAAUCAGUACAUAUUUUAAGGAAUUCAAUGAAAGUCUUAUUGGAUAUGUGUCACAACCUUCUACAUGGAAACAAGAAUUCAAGGCCAGUUGUCGUAAUUCAACAGUGAAGUCAUUUUUCCAGGAGAUCAGCAGAAUAUCAGAUCUAAGAGUUAUAGUACGGAACACAACCAGACAAUUAUCCUUGUGUUUUUCUGAGGAACUGGAUCAACCGGUUCCAGAGGAAGUCAAUGAAAUUUGCUUGCAUAAACAGUCCACGAAGAAUCGUCUGAAAAACUCCAACGCAAGGACAUUUUUUGGAGAGGAUGAAGGCGGGGAUAGCAUCAGUUGCUCAAUAAAAGUCAAGCAUGGUGUGAUAUCUACACAGAGUACUAACAUCAACACCGUCAUCACAUCUACACAAAGUGCAUACGAGUUCAAUAUCAGCACAAAGGCAAUGAAUAUUCUUGAGAGUGAAAGAAAGUUAAGAGCAAUCCUUGUUCUUCAGACAAUGAUGAGCGAGAAAACAAUUGAGAAAUUCUAUGAUAGGUAUUUCAUUAUUUUCUUACUAAGCAUAAAACAAACAGAAUGUCUAGGAUCACCUAGAACAUGA